AUGUCAAAUCUCAACAAGUUUGAAUUUGUUGCUUUGGAAGUUUCUGGAAGGAACUACCUCAAGUGGACCCAGGAUGUCAAGCUCCAUUUGACUGCAAAUAAGAUGAGAUCAACGAUUAAUGCUGACAACAUCGCCCAUAAAGAUAUGAAGGCAAGGGCUAUGAUUUUCAUCAGGAAACAUAUGGAGGAAGCACUCAAGGUGGAAUAUUUAGCUGAAGAGGACCCACGGUCCCUUUGGGUCGCUCUAGAAGAGCGAUUCAACCAUCAGAGGACCAUUUACUUGCCGGAAGCAAGGCACGACUGGCAGAACAUACGUUUCCAGGAUUUCAAGACUGUUAAUAAGUAUAACUCUGAAAUCUGCCGGAUUCAGUCACUUCUAAAAUUCUGUGGAGAAGAGCUCACAGAAGCUGAUCUAUUGACUUUCUCCACCUUCCCUCCUUCCUGUAAGGUCCUGCAGCAACAAUACAGGGAGAGAAACUUUGCUAGAUUCUCAGAAUUGGUCACCGUCCUGUUGCUCGCUGAAAAGAACAACGACCUACUUUUGAGGAAUGAUCAAGCAAGGCCCACCGGUACCAGAGCAGUUCCUUUGCCUGAAGCAAAUGCUAGUGCCCAUCGCGAAAAUAACCGCGCAAGGAGAAACCGGGGUCAUGGAAGGGGAAGGAAGCCUGAACGUCCGAGACAUGGAAGGAGAAAUGGGCCCAGAAAUGGCCCAUAUAACCGUGACCACCAAGAUAAUCGCCCAAGGGGUCGAGGAGGACGUGGGCCUUGGAAACCGAAAUGCCCAGGUCCAACAAGCUCAAAAUAG